AUGGCAUUGGCUCUGUUGUUGGUACUCCUGUUGCCAUGCCACACUGCACACAAAGCAUGUUCUCAGAACUGCGCUGCACCUGAAGAUCCUCUUCCUAUUCUUCAUGAAUUUUACCAGCCAGGUGAUUUUGUUAUAGGUCAGAUUGCUGCUCACAUCUACUUCUUCCAUGACCCUCCCACUUUCAAAGAACAGCCUAAGCAGAUGUUGACUGCGGAACGACUUUCAGCACCAAAGCAUUACCAGGAUCUCCUGACCUUGACUUUUGCUGUAAAACAGAUCAAUGGGAAUCCCAGCAUAUUACCAAACAUCACGUUGGGUUUCCACAUCCUCAACAGCUACUAUCUUGCAAGGAUGACUUAUAAAGCCACACUGAACCUACUUUCAACACGGCAUAAUUUUUCCCCCAACUUCAAGUGUGAUUCUCUAAAAAAUCUGAUAGCAGUCAUUGGAGGGCUUGUCUCUGUAACCUCUGUCAACAUGGCCAAUAUUUUAACCCUCUACAAAACCCCACAGAUGGUCCCAAAUGAAGCCUAUCAGUACAGAGGAGCUGUCCAUUUAUUCCAGCAUUUCAGAUGGACGUGGAUUGGACUUGUGGCCAUGGAUAAUGACUACGGGGACAGGUUUUUGCAGGCAGUGAUACCUCUGCUUUCACAGAGUGGGAUCUGUUAUUCCUUCAUACUUAGAACACCAAAGACGACUUACAUGGAUGCAUUAGUAGGGUCAUUUUUUAAGUUGCAGGAACGAUAUUCAGUUCUUGUGGAGAGUAAAGCCAAUGUAUAUUUUGCAUAUGGAGAGCCUCCAACCCUGAACAUAAUGAGAACAUUUCAAAUUGUAGCAGAAGCACAAUCAUUACAACCUUUGGGUAAAGUUUGGAUUGUUACAUCUCAAUGGGAUUUUGAUUCAUUGUACUUGGAAAGGAUGUCAGAUAUAGACGUUUUCCAUGGUGCCAUCUCAUUUGCAGUGCAUUCCAGCCAGCCACCAGGAUUUCAACAAUUCCUUCAGACAGUAAAACCUUCUCAGCAAAAAGAGGAUGGCUUUAUCCAGGAUUUCUGGGAGCAAGCCUUUGAGUGUUCACUGAAGAAAUUCAGGAAGAGUGAGAUUGAGAGGAUGUGCACAGGGGAGGAGAAGCUGGAGAGCCUUUCUGGGAUUUUGUUUGAAAUGAACAUGACUGGCCACAGCUAUAAUGUCUACAAUUCUGCCCAUGCUGUGGCGCAUGCUUUGCAGUUCAUAUACACAUACAGAUUUAAACAUAGAACAUUAGUAGAUGGAGGGAGUCAGGAAAUUCACAAUGUGAAGCCAUGGCAGCUCCAUCAUUUUCUGAGAAGUAUUUCUUUCAACAACAGUGCUGGGGACACUGUGCAUUUUAAUGAAAAUAGAGAAUUAGUGGGAGGUUUCGACAUGAUAAAUUGGGUAACGUUCCCAAAUGGCUCUUUUAUUAGAGUAAAAGUUGGAAAACUGGAUCCUCAGGCUCCUCAGGGUCAAAAAUUACUUGUUAAUGAUGAUCUAAUUGUGUGGCAUAGAAGCUUUAACCAGACGCUGCCCCCUUCCGUGUGCAAUGAAGGUUGUCACCCAGGCUACAGCAAGAAAAAGAAGGAAGGAGAACAAUUUUGCUGUUAUGAUUGUGUUCCCUGCCCAGAAGGGAUGAUGUCUGAACAGAAAGCUAUGGAUGCCUGUGUGAAAUGUCCACAAGAUCAUUAUUCUAACCAGCACCAAAACCAUUGCAUCCCCAAAUUUAUAACCUACCUUUCUUACAAAGAACCAUUAGGGGUCACUUUAGCUAUGCUGGCUGUUACUUCAUUUUUGGUCACAACUUUGGUGUUUGGAACCUUCAUAAAACACAAGAACACUCCCAUAGUCAAAGCCAACAACCGGAGCCUCACCUACAUUCUCCUCAUUUCCCUUCUACUUUGUUUCCUCUGCUCCUUGCUCUUCAUUGGGCAGCCUGGAAAGGUGACCUGCCUUCUCCGACAAACUACUUUUGCCAUUGUCUUCUCUGUGGCCCUUUCCAGUGUGUUGGCCAAAACCAUCACAGUGGUUCUGGCAUUUAUGUCAACUAAGCCAGGAUCCAGGAUGAGGAAAUGGGUGGGGAAAAGACUGGCACAUUUCAUUGUUCUUUCCUUCUCUUGUAUUCAAGCAAGUAUUUGCAGUUUUUGGUUAAGUACUUCCCCUCCAUUCCCAGAUAUGGACAUGCAUUCACUGAAUGAGAAAGUCAUUGUGGAAUGCAAUGAGGGUUCAGCUGCCAUGUUUUACUGUGCCCUGGGCUAUAUGGGUUUUCUGGCAUUUAUCAGCUUCACUGUGGCUUUUCUUGCCAGGAAGUUGCCCGACAGUUUCAAUGAAGCCAAAUUCAUCACCUUCAGCAUGUUGGUCUUUUGUAGUGUGUGGUUGUCCUUUGUUCCAACCUACCUGAGCACCAAAGGGAAAUCUAUGGUGGCUGUGGAGAUCUUCUCCAUCUUGGUCUCUAGUGCUGGUUUACUUGUUUGCAUUUUUUCCCCUAAAUGCUAUAUCAUCCUGCUGAGGCCUGAGCUGAACAGCAAGCAGCAGUUGAUACGAAAAAAAUAA